AUGGGCGGCAAGGCCAAGUUCAAAAAGCACACGGCGGCCGACCUCGAGCGUCGGCAGAAACAGGUGAACAAAGGCGGCGGCAAGACGGGGGCCGCGACGCGGGCGGUGGCGAAGCUCAACUUUACGUGCGACAUUUGCAUGAGCGCGUCCCCCGACAUCAAGUCGUACGAGUUGCACUAUACGAGCAAACACCCCAAGACCACGUUCGACCGCGAGGCGAUGGUCCGGAAAGCAGAGGCGCUGCGAGACUCGCAGCAGGACCACUCUGCCAAUGGCUCACAUCACAAGAAGAAGUGA